AUGGACGUGUACCGCACGCCGGCCGCCGCGCUGGACCGCCUGGUGGCGCGCAGCCUGCAGCCGGACGGCGAGUUCGCGGGGUCGGCGCGGCGCGCCCUGGGCGCCCUGCUCGCGGCCCUGCGGGAGCGCGGGGGACGCGGGGGCGCCGCGGGGCAGCCGGCGCUGCGGGUGCGGAAAAGCGUGCAGGGAGGCUCCUGUGGCCGGGGCACAGCCCUCAGGGGUGGCAGUGACUGUGAACUUGUCGUCUUUCUCGAAUGCUUCAAGAGCUUUGAAGACCAGAGGGCCGGCCGGGCGGAGGUCCUCCGGGAGCUGCAGGCACUGCUGGACGCCUGGGGGCGGCAGCCGGGGCCGGGUCUGAAGCUGGAGUCCCCCGUGCAGGCCACGGGUGGGCUCUUGCGGUUCCGACUGGCAGCCGUUGACCUUGAGAACUGGAUGGAUGUCACCCUGGUUCCUGCCUUCGAUGCGCUGGGGCAGAUUGGAGCUGGCGCCAAACCCGAGCCCCAGGUCUACUCCACCCUCUUGGUCGGCGGCUGCCAGGGGGGCGAGCACGCGGUCUGCUUCACGGAGCUGCGCCGGAGCUUCGUGAACACGCGCCCGGCCAAGCUGAAGAACCUCAUCCUGCUGGUCAAACACUGGUACCGCCAGGUGUGCCCGAAGGAGGCCGGGGAGGGGACGCUGCCCCCGGCCUACGCCCUGGAGCUGCUGACCAUCUUCGCCUGGGAACAGGGCUGUGGGAAGGAUGCCUUCAGCCUGGCCCGGGGCCUCCGCACCGUGCUGGGCCUCAUCCAAUGCUAUCAGCAGCUGUGUGUUUUCUGGACCGUCAACUACAGCUUUGAGGACCCUGCUGUCAGCCAGUUCUUGCAGGGACAGCUUAAGAGACCCAGACCUGUCAUCCUGGACCCGGCUGACCCUACGUGGGAUGUGGGGAACGGGACAACCUGGCACUGGGAGGUGCUGGCCCUGGAGGCCGAGUCCUGCUACCACCACCCGUGCUUUCUGCAGGGGACCGGGGACCCUGUGCAGCCCUGGGAGGGGCCGGGCCUUCCACAAGCCGGGGGCUCCGAUCUGGGCCACCCCAUCCAGCGCAACCCUGGCCAGGGGACCCCCGAGGACGGCGAGAGACUCAACACCGUGCACCCGGGGCCCCCCCGCCCAGCUCUGGGCCCCUCAGAGGCAGCCCCGAGUCCCAGUCCGAGUCCGAGUCCAGCGGGGCUGGCCAUGGACCUGGCUCAGAUCCCCUCCAAGGAGCUGGACCGCUUCAUCCAAGAGCACUUGAAGCCGAGCCCACGAUUCCAGGAGCAGGUGAAGAAGGCCAUCGACGCCAUCUUGUGCUGCCUCCGGGAGAAGUGUGCCCACAAGGCCUCUCGAGUGAGCAAGGGGGGCUCAUUUGGCCGGGGAACAGACCUCAGGGGUGGCUGUGACGUGGAACUCGUCAUCUUCCUCCAUUGCUUCACCGACUACACGGCGCAGGGCCCCAGCCGUGCAGAGGUCCUUGCUGAGAUGCGGGCCCAGCUGGAGUCCUGGUGCCGGGAGCCGGGGCCCGGCCUGAGCCUGAGGGUCCCUGCGCAGGAUGGUGCCAAGGCUUUGCGGUGCCGGCUGGAGUCCUCGGCCCUAGAAGGCUGCGUGGACAUUAGCCUGCUGCCUGCCUUCGAUGCCGUGGGGCAGCUCGGAGCCGGCGCCAAACCCAGGCCCCAGGUCUACUCCGCCCUCCUGGGCAGCGGCUGCCAGGGGGGUGAGCACGCGGCCUGCUUCGCCGAGCUGCGCCGGAGCUUCGUGAACACGCGCCCGGCCAAGCUGAAGAACCUCAUCCUGCUCAUCAAACACUGGUACCGCCGGGUUGCGGCUCAGGACAAAGGGAAGCAGCCAGCCAGCGCCUCUCUGCCCCCAGCCUAUGCCCUGGAGCUCCUGACCAUCUUUGCCUGGGAGCAGGGCUGCGGGAAGGACCGCUUCCCUAUGGCCGAGGGCCUCCGCACCGUCCUGGAGCUUGUCCGGCAGCAUCAGCAGCUCUGUGUCUACUGGACGCUCAACUACGGCAUCGAGGACCCGGCCGUGAGGACCCACCUUCUUGGCCAGCUUCGGAAGCCCAGACCCCUGAUCCUGGACCCUGCUGACCCCACCUGGAAUGUAGGCCAGGGCAACUGGGAGCUGUUGGCCCGCGAAGCGGCAGCCCUGGGGACACAAGCCUGCUUUACAAGUAGAGACGGGACAGCCGUGCAGCCCUGGGACGUGCUGCCGGCUCUGCUUCACCAAACCCCAGCCGCAGACCUCGACAAGUUCAUCAGCGAAUUUCUGCAGCCCAACCGCCAGUUCCUGGCUCAGGUGAACAAGGCUGUCAACGCCAUCUGCUCCUUCCUGCGGGAAAACUGCUUCCGGAAUUCGCCCAUCAAAGUGCUCAAGGUGGUCAAGGGUGGCUCUUCAGCCAAAGGCACGGCGCUGCGAGGCCGCUCGGACGCCGACCUGGUGGUCUUCCUCAGCUGCUUCGGCCAGUUCAGCGAGCAGGGCAACCGGAGAGCCGAGGUCAUCGCGGAGAUCCGGGCCCAGCUGGAGGCCUGUCAGCAGGAGCGGCAGUUCGAGGUCAAGUUCGAGAUCUCCAAGUGGGAGAACCCCCGCGUGCUGAGCUUCUCGCUGUCGUCCCCGACCAUGCUGGACCAGAGCGUGGACUUCGACGUGCUGCCUGCCUUUGAUGCCCUAGGCCAGCUGGUCGCCGGCUCCAGGCCCAGCUCUCAGGUCUACGUCGACCUCAUCCACAGCUACAGCCACGCGGGCGAGUUCUCCACCUGCUUCACGGAGCUGCAGCGGGACUUCAUCGUGUCCCGGCCCACCAAGCUCAAGAGUCUGAUCCGCCUGGUGAAGUACUGGUACCUGCAGUGCAACAAGAUGCCCAAGGGAAGGGGCUCCCUGCCCCCACAGCACGGGCUGGAGCUCCUGACGGUGUACGCGUGGGAGCAGGCCGGGCGGGACGCCCAGUUCAGCAUGGCUGAGGGCUUCCGCACGGUCCUGGAGCUGGUCAGCCAGUACCGCCAGCUCCGCGUCUACUGGACGCUCAACUACGACACAGAGGACAAGACCAUCAGAGACUUCUUGGAACUGCAGCUACAAAAGCCCAGGCCCAUCAUCCUGGAUCCAGCUGACCCGACUGGCAACCUGGGCCACAGUGCCCGCUGGGACCUGCUGGCCAAGGAGGCCGCCACCUACAUGUCCUCCCUGUGCUGCAUGGACAGGGACGGCGCCCCCAUCCAGCCAUGGCCAGUGAAGCAGUUCUGGGCAGGAAGCAGAGAGAGGGACUCCUCCGGUUUCCCUCAUCCCAUUCGCUACCAGCACAGCAGCCAGCCAGCAGCCAUGGGGAACUGGGAGUCCCAGGUGUCCUCCGUCCCCGCUCAGCAGCUGGGCGACUUUGUCCAGAACUCCCUGAGGCCCUACGAAGAGUGCCAGCGGCAGAUAAGCCACCUGGUGGACGUCAUCUGCUCCACGCUGCAGGAGCCCGAGGAGUUCCCGAUCGUGCGGGGCGUGGCCAGAGGCGGCUCGUACGGCCGGAAGACGGUGCUGAGAGGCCGCUCGGAUGGGACCCUCGUCCUCUUCCUUGAUCACUUUCAACAAUUCCGGGAUCAGAAGGAGAGCCGCCGGGACGUGCUCAAGAUCCUCGGGCACCGGCUGAUGAUGCGCAUGGUGGCACAGGGGUACACUGACAACUGGGAGGUCCUCACGACCCAGGAUGGGCUCGUCAUCAAGGUGUCCACCAGGUGGCAGAGCGUCGUCUUUGAGGUGCUGCCUGCCUUCAACGCGCUGGGCUUUGGCGAGAGCCCCAGCCCCUGGGUCUACCGGGACCUCAGAAGAGCCCUGGAUGAGACCCAAGCCAGCCCCGGCACGUUCGCCGCCUGCUUCAUGGAGCUCCAGGAGAAGUUUUUUAACAAAUAUCCCAGGAAGCUGAAGGACUUGAUCCUCCUGAUAAAGUACUGGCGUCAGCAGUGCCAGAAAAAUUGUGUCGGUUCCUCCGUUCCGCCUGUGUACGCUCUGGAGCUGCUGACGGUGUACGCCUGGGAGCAGGGCUGCGGCGCCCAAGACUUCGACAUGGCCCAAGGCGUCAGGACGGUGCUGCAGCUGGUCAGGCAGCCGGAGAAUCUGUGCAUCUACUGGACCGUGAACUACAACUUUGAGGAGGAGACCAUCAGGAACACGCUUCUGCAACUGCUCAGGUCCACCAGGCCCGUCAUCUUGGAUCCAGCCGACCCCACCAACAACGUGAGUGGGGGUCCCAGCUGCUGGCAGCUGCUCAAGGAGAAAGCCCACGCCUGGCUGGCUGCUCCCAGCCUGAAUUCGGAGCUGGGGUCCUGGAAUGUUCUGCCAAAGCCACUGUUCAUGACCCCAGGCCACCACCUUGACAAGUUCAUCAAGGAGUUUCUCCAGCCCAACGAGCACUUCCUGAGCCAGGUCAAGCAGGCCAUUGACCUCAUCUGCAAAUUCCUUAGAGAAAACUGCUUCCGGAAUUCCACCACCAAGAUCCAGAAGAUCAUCAAGGGAGGCUCCAUGGCCAAGGGCACCGCCCUGAAGAACAGUUCCGACGCCGACCUCGUGGUGUUCCCCAGUUCGCUCCAGAGCUAUGCCUCCCAGAAAACCGAGCGGGCCCAAGUCCUCCGGGAGAUCCGGGAGCAGCUGCAGGCCUACCAGCAGAAGCAGCAGCUGGAAGUGAUCUUUGAGGUUUCCAAAUGGAAGAAUCCCCGGGUGCUGAGCUUCUCUCUGAAGUCCAGGAAGCAUCACGAAUACAUCCAUGUCGACGUGCUUCCCGCCUUUAACGCACUAGGGCAGCUGAAUUCUGGCUCCACACCCGAUCCCAAGGUCUACACGGAGCUCAUCCGUCUGUAUAAAUCCCCGGAUGACGUCCUGGGUGGCGAGUUCUCCACCUGCUUCACGGAGCUGCAGCGCAACUUCAUCGUGUCCCGGCCCACCAAGCUGAAGGACCUGAUCCGCCUGGUGAAGCACUGGUACCAACAGUGCGAAAGGAAGCUGAAGUCCCGGGGCUCCUUGCCCCCAAAGUACGCCUUGGAGCUGCUCACGGUCUACGCGUGGGAGCAGGGGAGCGGGGCCGAGGAUUUCGACACGGCCGAGGGGUUCCGGACCGUCCUGGACUUGGUCGCACAGUACCAGCAGCUCUGUGUGUUCUGGACGGUCAACUACAGCCUGGACGAGGACACGAUGAGGACCUUCCUGCUGGCCCAGAUCCAGAAAACCAGGCCUGUCAUCUUGGACCCAGCCGAACCUACUGGCGACGUGGGUGGAGGAAACCGUUGGUGCUGGCACCUGCUGGCCAAAGAAGCAAAACAAUGGUUCUCUUCUCCCUGCUUCAAGAACGGUGCUGGGUACCCAGUCCGGCCCUGGAAAGUGCCAACAAUGCAGACGCCAGCGAGCUGUGGAGCAAGGAUGGAUCCUAUUGUCAUGAGAUGUUCUCAUUCAGGAAUUAGAGUCCUGGGAUAGUCUUGCCAGAGGAAAUUUCUAGAAGCCAUUUGGCAACUGCUUUGAAAGAAGUGGUUGGCUGUGUAAAAGAUGUGUCCUUCCUUCCCACCCCUUGCUCCUCUUCCCCCGACCUGAGAUCCACGUGCCAGAGUCCACCCUGACGUUGUGCCUUGUCGGAAGCCCCCGGGCGAGUGCCCUGCCUUUGUCCGUGCUGCUCUCCCCUGGCUGGCUGUGCACCGGAUCUCUGGCUACCAUUCUGCACGUUCCCACUUCGCUCCUCCCUUCGCCUUCAAGUCUUAGCAAGGAGCUUCCCCCGAGCCAUAGUUCCCGGGACUCAGUAGCCAUGCUCUCACGACGGUGCCCCGCGUCCUGCUCCCCCUUCUUUCCCUUGGGACACAAAAGCCUUCCCUCCCCUGCCCGCGUUGAGGCUUCUCCACCUGCAGCGGCCAACCCUCGCCCUUCAGGUUCCCCAAAGGCGCGGGUACUCACGGCUGCCUCGUGAGUCCGCGUGGGUCUCUCGCCUUUCCCUCUGCACCUGCCUUGCUGCCUGGGAUACUUCACUCGGGCUUCAGUUCAAAGCCGCUCGAGGGUCUCCGUGCUCUCAGCCCACCGAAGCUUCCUUUACUGCUGAACACGCUAACGUGAUGCUGCGAAGAGCACAGAGCUGCCGAAUCCCUAGGGCUGUCCAGGGAAGGGCAUCUUUUUUAUUUUUUUGACAGGCAGAGUGGACAGUGAGAGAGAGAGAGAGAGAGAGAGAGAGAAAGGUCUUCCUUUUCCAUUGGUUCACCCUCCAAUGGCCGCCAUGGCCAGUGCACCACGCUGAUCCGCAGGCAGGAGCCAGGUGCUUCUCCUGGUCUCCCAUGGGGUGCAGGGCCCAAGCACUUGGGCCAUCCUCCACUGCACUCCCUGGCCACAGCAGAGAGCUGGCCUGGAAGAGGGGCAACCAGGACAGAAUCCAGUGCCCCAACCGGGACUAGAACCCAGUGUACUGGCGCCGCAGGCAGAGGAUUAACCUAUUGAGCCACAGCGCCGGGCAUGGGAAGGGCAUCUUUUAGGAGCCCCUUGUAACCAUCCUGAGUGGAUGCUAGCAAGGGGACUCCAGGUAGGUGCUUGGAUAGUUCUGAGGGUGGGAAGAGCUGGCUCUGCCACAAAGACCGAGCCGGAAGUAGCACAUGUGUGACUGGGUGGUUGGAAAUUUCCACACCAUGCCCUCAAAGCUCCAGCGGGGAGGGGGUUGGAGACUAAGUUCCAUCAAUGGCCAGUGAUUUAAUUAACCGUGCCUAUGUAAUGGGACCCAGUCACGGCCUUGGAUAAAGCGGCUCAGGGGGCUGUGUGGCUGGCAAACAUCCUCAUGUGUCAGGACGGUCAUCACCCCAGCUCCACGGGGACAGAAGCUCCCGAGCUGGCCCCAACCCUGCCUCUCCACCCUGAGUGUCUCUUCUUCCGGCCGCUCCCUUGUAUCCUCUGUAGUACAAGGUGGCUGUAAGGACAGCAUUUGCUGGAGUUCCGUGAGACAUUCUCAUGAAUAAUUAAAGGUGAAGGGGGGUCGUGGGACCCCCAAGUUUGCUGCCAAGUCUGAAGAAAGGGUGGUCUUGCAUUGGCUGCUGCUCUUCCAGGCGUGGGGUCUGCACUGACUCGGGUGGUUUAGUUCGUGUAGAGCUGAGCUGAGCUGUGGGGCAGUCACUGGUGGCAGAGGAAGGGGGACUUGAGGCUGAAAUGAAGAGCACUGGACAUGCGCACCUGCUCAGUCUGCAGCUCCCAGCUGCCCCAACUGGCCAGGGACGGGAGAGAAGGCACAGGUGGCAGUAGACGCUGCCCCCUCCCCACACACUUGCUUCACAGCAGAGGAACCAAGGAUGAAACCCCAAAACUCCUGGAAGAAAAGUGACCCUCAGCAGACGGCGAGGAUCCUGGGAGGACUCAGAGCCGCACAAAGGCAGGCAGGGGCCAUUUCAUCUUCCCCACCAAGGGCCCCCCAGCACUUACUAGGCAGUUGAGGUCACUAAGAACAAAGGUAAGCGUUGGCAGUGACCGGGAAGCGUGGUCGCGGGCAGGCAUUUAGCUGUUACGUUGCCUGUGUUCCCUAUCACAGGACCUGGCUGCGGGUCCCGGCUCCUGUCCCUGACUCCAGCCUCCUGCUCAUGCAGACCCUGGGAGGCAGUGGUGACGGCUCAGGCAGCUGGGUCUCUGCCAUUCAGAGACCUGGGUUGAAUUCCUGGCUCCCAGCUACAGCCUGGCCCAGCCCCAGCUGUGUGGACAUUUAGGGAGUGAGCCAGUAGACGGCAGACUCUGUGUGUGUGCAUUGUGUGUGUGUGUGUGUGUAAAAGAGAGAGAGGGAGAGAAACAUGGUCGUUCCCGGAAGCAACUAGGGCGCCAAUCCUUUUGCAGAAAAUAGGCAAAUAAGGCAAUGACUAGGCAAUAAUGAAACCCAGCGUCUCCUGUACAACCCAUGCGUCCAGAUAACCAAAUCAGAACUGAUAAGAGCAGAACGGAUGUUGAAAGGAUGCCACAAUGAGAAACAUCUCCACUUCGGGACCUCUGAUGAGACUAAUGAUUUGGGCAGAUUAUCAGCAGGUGAUACCGCUAGGUGAGCUGCUGAGGGGGAGGGGCGUGUCCCCUCCCAAGGCCACAGCUUCCUCAUCAAGUCAACAGAGACAGCUCCACGGAGCGGUGCCUCCAGGUGUGAGGCCCGCUGGGCACCAUCCAGUUUUUGACUUGCAAAGUUGAGACAAAAAUUAUUUUUUUUUAAAUUUGGCACCAAUAUUGGCUACAAGUAACACAUGGGAUUGAGUUAAAUUCCAGGGAAAAUGUCUAAAGCAGAAAAUUCAUCGAUAGAGAUGCUUCAACCAGCGAGGAGUAGCCAGGACAGACGUGCGGAGGGACACGGGUGCGUUCUCACCAGCACAGACGGGAAAGGAGCCAAGAAUGUAGCAAGAAUCUGAUUAAGUAGAUGUGGCAGUCAAGAGCCCAGGCCUCUAAUUCCAUUCCUGGUUACCCCGGCAACCAGGUCCCACUCACAGAGGAAGUAGACAGGGAUGAGAAGCCGAGCCUCGCAUAGCCGAUGAGCCAGGAGGAGGUGGGAAGAGUUGGAGCAGCAGAGCAAGACAGAGGCCACCAGUUUGUGGGUAAAAGGUUCAUCUGGAACCACACGCUGGAAGGCUUCAGCCCCUGGGACCUGGGGCUGCCCCGCUGAGCCUGGAAACACCCCUGCAGGGAAAACGUUAUAGUUCCAUUCCCCGGCAGCUGGGCUAACCCUCAGACACGACAAAGGCAAGGGAAGCUCUCGAGCCCCCCUUGCCGGCCGGGGGAGUCGGGUGUAGCCGUGGACAGAAGAGCCCGGCAUGGAUGCCAGCCACUGGACCCAGCUGGGAGCGCGCCCAGUGCCCAGCGUGCUCGCCGCGGAGGGGGAUCCUCAGAGAGGUGCUGUGUGGGAGCCGCUGGGUCCUGAGACAGGGCCAGGCUGGGAAUGGCGGGGGGGAUCGGCUGUGGGGCUCUGGGGGACGAGUCAGGGAGUCACCACCAGAGCAGAAAAGCUCAGGUGUGGAGGGGUCAGGAAGAGGGAUCCUUCGCCAGGGCUUGGCAAGAGAUGGGCUGGCAGAGUCACAGCUGUGGGCUCCCUCUCCAGGACCAAAGCCCCGGGCAGGGCGGGAAUGUGUCUGAGUCGGGAGAGCAGGAUGAAGAGGCCCUGGGGAGGGUCUGGCCAGGCUGAAAGCCACAAGGGAGACAAGGUGGCCUAGAGUUGACCACUGUAAACUCACGUUCCAGCCCCUCUACAUAGGAAAAAGCCUCCAAGCCCUCGGGCAGUCUGGGAAUCCAAGAGGCGCAGCAUGCAGAAUAAGGACCCCCCCCCCCCAAGAUAGUCACAUCCUGGAAGCCACCAGCCAGGAGCUUCUUCUGGGUCUCCCAUGUGGGUGCAGGGGCCCAAGCACUUGGGCCAUCUGGUACUCCUUUCCCAGGCCAGAUUGGAAGUGGAGCAGCCGGGAUUUGAACCGGUGUCCACGUGGGAUACUGGUGUCCCAGAUGGAGGCUUAACCUACUAUACCACAGCACCGGCCCCCUAAAAUAAAUCUUUACAAAUAAAAGCAAAUGUCUGCUUGGACUCACAGAUGCAAAUCGCCUCUCUGGUUCUUACGAAACUGAAAAGCUACAUUUUUGUUAUCCUCUACAGAACUGUGAUGCUCCUGAGAUAAUUAAACUGUAGUGUGGAUACAGGCCAGUCAGUGCUUUGAAUGAGCCACUUUUCAUUGCAGGCACAGAGAAAGAAUCGUGUGUGGCUCCAGAGCAGGGAGGGAGAG